GAGGGGAAGUGGCUCCAAGUCCAGACCUAGAAACCGAGCCUCCGCUCUGCGCUGCGAGAGGCGCGGAGCGCAGGCUGUCCGGAGCGCCGGUUCGGUGGGACCAGUGAUCCCACCCCGGGACUCUCUCGUGGAGCCGAGCCCGGCCAAUGGGCGCAUGAGGUAGAAGAGCAGGGAAAUGGACUGCUAUUUACGCCGCCUGAAACAGGAGCUGAUGUCCAUGAAGGAAGUGGGUGAUGGCUUGCAGGAUCAGAUGAACUGUAUGAUGGGGGCGCUGCAAGAACUGAAGCUCCUGCAGGUGCAGACGGCCCUGGAGCAGCUGGAGAUCUCUGGAGGGGGUCCUGCCCCGGGUUCUCCCGAAAGCCCCCGGACACAGCUCGAGCCCCCUCAGUGGGAGGGGUCCUGCUCCCCCUCCAACCAAGCUUCUCUUGGCAGCACCAGCAGUGCCAAGUUUCCAUCGCCUAGGAGUGUGUGUGGGAGGGAGCUGGCCACCCCGCCCAGGACACCGCUGCCAGAGCCCCAGACCUGUGCCCAGCAGGGGCCAGAGCUGGCGGAACCCGAUGACUGGACCUCCACGUUGAUGUCCCGGGGCCGGAACCGACAGCCUCUGGUGUUAGGCGACAACGUUUUUGCGGACCUGGUGGGCAACUGGCUGGACUUGCCAGAACUGGAGAAGGGUGGCGAGAAGGGUGAGACAGGGGAGGCUGGAGAGCCCAGAGGAGGGAGGGGCCAGCCUCGGGAGCUGGGCCGCAGGUUCGCCCUGACAGCAAACAUCUUCAGGAAGUUCUUACGGAGCGUGAGACCUGACCGCGACCGGCUGCUGAAGGAGAAGCCAGGCUGGGUGACACCCACGGCCUCUGAGCCCCGAGCUGGACGCUCCCAGAAGGUCAAGAAGCGGAGCCAUUCCAAGGGGUCUGGACAUUGCCCCUUCCCAGCUGCCUCGGAGCCCAGAAGAGGGGAGAACGCUUCCACCAGCUGCCCCAAGGCCCUGGAAUCCUCACCCUCGGGCUUUGAUAUUAACACAGCUGUUUGGGUCUGAAUCCCAGAGACAGAAAUGUGACUGAACCCAAAAGGGCCAGGCCCCAGUGCUGGGCCCCUGAGAAAGAGGCCAGGCGGGGUCCCUUCCCCCAAGAAAGGACGAAGAAGAAGCAAGAGGGCCUGGAGCACGGUUGACAGGCCUGUGGUUGGGAGAGGCUGUGGUAGGGGCUGGCUGGUGGGGGAGGGGAGAGUUCCUGGACAGAGAGAGAGAGUGUGUGUGUUGCUACCCGGCUGGAGGUAACAGCAGGGGGGGGGCCUGAGGGAGGAGACCAGGAUAUCCAUCUGACAUUCCUUCACUGCCCCCAAAGACCUCAGUUGAACAUUCUGCAUGGAUCUGGCACUGGGGCCUCAGGAUCCCCAGAGAUGCCGCCAAUAAAGCCCUUGUUUCUCGUG